UCUCAUCCUUGUAUUGAGGUAGGUUUUUACUAUUCAUAUCUCGCGUUGGCUCAGUCCUUGUUUUAAUCUAAACAGGAAGUCUGUGUGACCCCAGUGCAGCUGUAAGCAAAUGUAGGAGGUCGGGGGGGAAUCUAUUCUGUCAAGUGUCAACCCUGCCCUUCCUGUCCUCAUUUCUAACUAAAAUACUCUGCUAUCUAAUCGGCUAGUUUGACUUCACGUCCAUCUGCUUUGGUUUCACACCGGAAGGUGUUUUAUCGUUUGGUUCGUUAGUGAUCUGGGGCACCGGGAUGGCGUUUUUGGAGAAGCAGUCCCCGGGAAGGGUACUAUUGGAUGAUACGGUGGCCCUUACAGCACUGAUCGAGGCCAGCCAAAAUCUACAAUCUCACACGGAAUACAUCAUUCGAGUACAAAGGGGUGUGUGUACAGAAAACAGUUGGCAGGUCAUAAAGCGAUACAGCGACUUUGAUAUGUUGAAUAGCAGUUUGUUGGUCUCUGGCGUCAGCCUGCCUCUACCACCUAAGAAGUUGCUAGGUAACAUGGACAGGGAGUUCAUAGCAGAGAGACAGAGAGGACUACAGGUCUAUCUAGACUUUAUUACUCAGCAUCACAUCCUAGCCACCUGCCAACUGGUCAAGAAGUUCCUCGACACCAACAACUACUCUGCCAACUACACAGAAAUCGCCUUACAGCAGGUAUCCAUGUUCUUCAGGUCGGAUCCUAAGUGGGAAGUGGUGGAGCCUCUGAAAGACAUUGGGUGGAGGAUACGGAAGAAAUAUUUCCUAAUCAAAAACAAAGAACAACCCAAGGAACGUCAAGUGUUGAGUUGGGUUGACUUGGGUCCAGAUAAAUUCCUGUCAGACAAAGACCUUCAGUCGACCAUGAAGCUCCUACCCAGCCUCACUAAUCCGUACAUCUACCCGGUGACGUUUGCCAACACCAGUGAGUUGUCUGCUCUGGUCAUCAGGAUGUUUAAGGAAAAAGGCACUCUGAGGGAUCUCAUAUGUAAGGUGAAGCCUAAAGAGGCCUUUAUGAGGAAGUACUGCAGCCCCAAGAAGAUCCAGGGACUGGAGCUACAGCAGAUCAGGACGUACGGUCGACAGAUUCUGGAGGUUCUGAGGUUCCUCCAUGACAAAGGUUUUCCGUACGGCCACCUCCAUGCCUCUAACAUAGUGAUAGAAGACAACACGUGUAAAGUACUGGACAUAGAGAACAGCCUCCUGGGCCUGCCCUCGUACUACCGGCCCUACAUCACACAGUUCAGGAAAAUCAACACGACAGAGAGUAUAGACGUAUACUCGUUUGGACACUUACUGUAUGAAAUGACGUACGGAAGACCUCCUGAUGCUGUGCCUGUCGACCAGUACCCUGCUGUGACUUACACCUCAGUGGUGUCUGUGCUGCAAUCCAUCCUGUCCACAGAUGCCUGUAAGACUGGGAUGCCCACUGUUGCACAACUGCUGCAGACACCGCUGUUCAGCGAUGUGCUGCUGUUUCACUCAGAGAAACUCCAGUUCAAGAUCCCCACCAAAUUAAGAGACGCCUUGAAAACCGCCAAAGAGUGCAUGGAAAAGCGACUCCAAGAAGAGCAGAAAACGAACCAGCAGCACAGGAGGCUGACCAGAGCUCAGUCCCACCAUGGCUCAGAGGAGGAGAAGAGGAGGAGGAAGAUACUGGCUAGAAAGAAGUCCAGACAGUCGGCCUAUGAGAACGAGGAGGAUCUCUCUGUGAAGUACAACAACAACUCUGGUUCAGGAGCCAGCUCCCCACCGACCUCUCCCUCCUCCCCCACCCCUCCUCACACUACAGGAGUUGCACCACCUCCUCCUCCUCCUCCUCUACCUCCUCCAAGUGAUAACCCUGGCCAGUCCCACGCCCCUCCGCAUCCUCCUCUCCCUGGGCCAGGUCCUCCUCCUGCCAACGGUGUGGGGCGUGGUGCCCUCCUCAGCUCCAUCACGUCAUUCAGUAUAGGCAAACUGAAGAAAGCAGUGACCAUCGACCGCAGCAUCCAACACUCUGAAGAGGACCGCUCUUCCUUCUCGUCCUGACCCUGUGGUCCCAGUCACCCCUAAAGGUUACCUGUCAUCCUGACCCUGUGGUCCCAGUCACCCCUAAAGGUUACCUGUCGUCCUGACCCUGUGGCCCCAGUCACCCCUAAAGGUUACCUGUCGUCCUGACCCUGUGGUCCCAGUCACCCCUAAAGGUUACCUGUCGUCCUGACCCUGUGGCCCCAGUCACCCCUAAAGGUUACCUGUCGUCCUGACCCUGUGGUCCCAGUCACCCCUAAAGGUUACCUGUCGUCCUGACCCUGUGGCCCCAGUCACCCCUAAAGGUUACCUGUCGUCCUGACCCUGUGGCCCCAGUCACCCCUAAAGGUUACCUGUCGUCCUGACCCUGUGGUCCCAGUCACCCCUAAAGGUUACCUGUCGUCCUGCUCAAUCAUAUUUUUGCUCUUUGUUUUUUUUUGCUUCUAAAUUUAGUUCCCGUCCGAUGAGUUGACCCCCAGCCCCGCCCCUUAAGGUUUGAGGUAGGGGACGGGGCAUCAACUCCUUUCCAAUAUGGCCGCCUCGUUGGUUCUCCCUUUAGCACAAAAAUGACUGGUCAGUGGACUGUACAGGUGGCUUAAAGAUGAGGUGGCAUCAGCCUGGUGUCUAUCUGGAAGACUGCAGUGAAUGACUUUAUGAUUUCAGUGGAACGUCUUUCUUCUUAUUUACAUCGAAGUGACUUGAAUGAAACGUACAAAAGCAACUGUGAGGGAAGUGAUUCAGAAAGCAAACACAUGAACCACAGGUGUUUUAGAGGGACUGGGACUCUGACCUGACAUCCAACAGCCAUGUCAUCACAGUGAAACGACUAUGAAAGAACUGUCUGGGACUCUGACCUGACAUCCACCAACCAACAGCAUGUCAUCACAGUGAGACGACUAUGAAAGAACUGUCUGUGUCAUCACAGUGAGACGACUAUGAAAGAACUGUCUGUGUCAUCACAGUGAGACGACUAUGAAAGAACUGUCUGUGUCAUCACAGUGAGACGACCAUGAAAGAACUGUCUGUGUCAUCACAGUGAGACGACUAUGAAAGAACUGUCUGUGUCAUCACAGUGAGACGACUAUGAAAGAACUGUCUGUGUCAUCACAGUGAGACGACUAUGAAAGAACUGUCUGUGUCAUCACAGUGAGACGACUAUGAAAGAACUGUCUGUGUCAUCACAGUGAGACGACUAUGAAAGAACUGUCUGUGUCAUCACAGUGAGACGACUAUGAAAGAACUGUCUGUGUCAUCACAGUGAGACGACUAUGAAAGAACUGUCUGUGUCAUCACAGUGAGACGACUAUGAAAGAACUGUCUGUGUCAUCACAGUGAGACGACUAUGAAAGAACUGUCUGUGUCAUCACAGUGAGACGACUAUGAAAGAACUGUCUGUGUCAUCACAGUGAGACGACUAUGAAAGAACUGUCUGUGUCAUCACAGUGAGACGACUAUGAAAGAACUGUCUGUGUCAUCACGGUGAGACGACUAUGAAAGAACUGUCGGUCUGUUAUGUUUAUUGUAUCUAUUUUUUUUUAGCUUUUUGUUUUCUUGGAAAGAAUGGAAGGAGAUGUGAUGCUGUUGGACUGUCUGUGUUGCUUAUAUCUAUGUGCCACAUUCAUCUCUGUGCCUGCGUCAAUAUAUGGCCUUGUGUCCCAAAUGGCAUCCAAUUUCCUAUAUAGUGCACUACUUUAGUAGUAGUCUGCUAUAUAGGGGAUAGGGUGCCGUUUUUCAAAUGCACAAAUAGAUACAAAAAAAAUCAAUGGACGCUGCAAGGAUUAAAACCUCAGUUUACCCAUGGCCGCUUGUUUAGUAAACGAGAACCACCAGAAAUCUGUCAUCAUUCAGUAUGCAAAAUAAUUAACCCAAAUGGUGACAUGCUGUACUUACUGGUAUUAAUCAGUAACAGUAUACAAAUUAAGAUUCAAAUACCUUUUUUUAAAAGAUUGUUUUGCUUUUUCCUCUGCAAAAUAGCAGUGUAAAGAUGUUGAAGGACCGACUAUUUCUCUGCUGCACUUGACCGAGGGGGAGGGCUUUUCUCUACGAUCCAGGAUUGACACACAACUGUGAGCGGUUUACUGGGAGAAUGUAUCUAAAAAUCGAUUCUGGUGUUUACAAGAAAUUAAUCCUAAUCCUGAAAUGAGUUAACUAGCUAAUCUGUUAUUGAUCAUCAUAAUCUGUACCUCUGUUACAUCCAACCACUGUCAGAGGAACUGAAGGAACAGUACAUCCUCAAUCUGUCUGAAAAGCAAAGUUACAAUCUGCAUAACUGUCUGAAAUGCUUUGUCUUGUCAACAUUACAAGAUUAACCUGUUUUGUAGAUUGAUACAUUGGUACAUUCAGGACAAUGACUAAUUGGCUGCAUUUGCACAGGUAGCCCAAUUCUUAUCUUUUGCCAAUAAUUGGUAUUUUGGCCAAUCAGAUCAUAUCCUUUGCCAAUAAUUGGUAUUUUGGCCAAUCAGAUCAUAUCCUUUGCCAAUAAUUGGUAUUUUGGCCAAUCAGAUCAUAUCCUUUGCCAAUAAUUGGGCAACAGAUAAGAACUGGGCUGCCCAGUGUAAACGCAACCAUCGAGUUUCAUUAUCUCUGCUUAUUGUUACCUUCUUUUUACAUCACUAACAGAGUGUUGUGUCCUUGUAUGUAACAAUACCCAGAAUACAUUUCCCCACAUUAUGUAAUUUUAUCCAAUCUCUCACCUCUCUCUCUCUCUUUUCCAGUUCAGGGGGUCGUCUAAGUGAGGCUUCAGUAUGACAUUGUGUUUCUUUGGCAGCCGUUUCUCCAAUAAGAAUGCUCCAUGCUGCAUAGUUUAUGUAAUUAAUAAUGCUGUUAGUUUAUAAUUAAGUUUUUCUAUCAUCGCUGCCUGCCAACCUUUCUGAUUUGCACUGCUGAGUAUGGAGUUUUCAAGUAAAUACUAUACCACCUUUUGGCAGUAUGAAUUAACAACUCGGUGACAGGAAAACAAAAAUAUUUUAUGAUUGAAGAUGACUGCACUUUAAGAUGAAGUUACUAACAUUUUCCAAACCCUUUUUUGGGUUGGGGUGGUGGGGGUUGUAUGAAACCAUAUAUUGUCCGUCUGCUGCAUUAAAACAUUAAAAUUCAUAACUGUUUGGGGUUUGUAUGUUUGACCCUGCACAGCUGUGUCGGAAAAAAAGAAAAAAACAAUGUUAUCUACAUUGCCGUAUUAUACUUAUUUUAUUAAAAUCAUGGACUGAAA